GCCAUCGGUAUUUACAGCGCUGCCAUUGCGAUCUCGACAAUGCUUUCCGUUCCCCUGAUCUACACUGAUGUUGCCAUCGGCUUAGCAGGAACAACGUACACCGCCUUGGGUGGACUCCGAAGCGUUGUGUGGGCAGAUUGCAUACAGGCUGUUGUCAUGUUAGCCUCACCAAUCAUAAUCGUCGCUAAGGUUUUCUACGACUCUUACCGUGUAAGCCAGCCGCUCAGGCCGCUUAGCGAUUUCAACGUCACAAAGUACAUUUUACGGCAUGACUUCGACGUCACCACUGACGAGAAUAUGUGGACUUCACUGGUGGCAUGCAUACCCUACUCGUUUGUACGCGUGGGGUAUGAUCAAAUGGCUGUCCAAAGGUUUAUGGCUGCCAGGACCGUCCGCGGGGCUAAAAGGAUAGCCAUCGGUGGAGGGCUGAUGAUGCUCUUGUUCUUUGUACUCGUUGGAUUCACUGGCAUAGCCGUAAUUUACUGGUACAGGGACUGUGACCCUUUGGUCUCAGGAGCCAUCUCUAACUACGAUCAGUGCAUCUCAACAACCUGGAACCCGUCCUGA